AUGGAACGCGGGGGAUUCGAGGAAUGUGAGAUAAAAUUCUCCCGCCAAAUCCAAGAAGAUUUAUUUAAUUGGACAGAUUUACCAAAAGAAAUUGAAGAUGAUUUUAUUUCAAUCAGAGGAGAUUAUGAUUAUCCAUUAUAUUUAUCCGAAAAAGAAGAAUGGAUUAAUUAUAAAAAUAUUGAAAACAAAGAAGAUAAAAUAAAAGUUUAUGGACCCUUUUUAAUAUGUGAAUUGAAUAGAUUCGUACCUUAUUUAGAAGGUAAAAAUAUAAAAUUUCAUCCUCUUAAUAUGCCUUAUAUCAGAAUAGGAAAAAUUAAUAUAAUGGGAUUUGUAAUAUGUGAUUCUGAAGAUGCUAAAUGUUAUCGAUAUCAAGUUGAUGAUGGAACAGGAACCAUCACUAUUUUUUAUGAUAAAAAGUUUUUUGCAAAAAGUGUUGCACUAAGAAGAAAAAUUGAUAAAAAGUAUCAUAAUUUAUCAAAUAAUGUAAAAGAAAACAUGAAAAUAUUAAAAAAUCAAAAAUGCCCAAAAAAAUUUCCAAAUCCAAGACCAAAAUUUUUUUAUCCUCCUAAUACAAGUAUACGUGAUAUGGCUAUUUUUGAAUAUAACUGGUCAUUGGAAACAAAUAAUGGGACAUUGGGUGAAGAGAUACAACGUUGUAAUUAUAUACAUGCAUUAGGUUAUUGUACACUUGACUUUUUGCAUAAAAAUAAACCGAAAACAGAAAUUACAUUUACAGAUAUAUGCCAUGCGAAAAUAAAUUUCAUUGCAACUAGAAUUAUAUGUUUAACUGAACAACAAUAUAAUAGAAAGUUGCUUUCAUGGAUUUAUAAUAAUGUCAGAAAACGGUAUGAUGAACAUCUAAAUGAAUCCUUUUCCAAAUGAUAAAAAAAAAUACAAAUUUAGAAAGUUAAUAAUAAAUUAUAAUACUAUAUAUUUUUUAAGAAGUAGA